AUGCCUGCCCGACAUACUCCAUGGGCCCAGGAAGAAAGAGGAGUCUGCACUGGAUCUGUGAGCAGCACCAGCACUGGAGCGACUUUUUUGGAACAAGAGGCAUCACGUAAGGCCUUGAGACCUGAGAGUAUGGGAUGGCGAUCUCCCUCCUGGGAGGUGUCUCUAAGAUACUGGCUGUCAUGUAGUGCUACACGCCUUGAGGAAGCAAAGCUGCAGUUGUCCCCGACAGGGAUGAAGAUGGAUUACUUUGUUCUGAUCAUGUGGACCUUACCUGUCACUAUUCUCAAAUGCACCUCUAUGCCGUUCCUGACAAUCCUAUGGAUUGGAAGUUUAGAUAAGACGCUUCAACUCUACUGCCUAUGUUGUGUGUCAUUUGCAGCCACGUUAACCGGUGGGAGUGGGAUGGGAGGAUUCAAUCAAGAUUAUGUUUUUGUGACUCCCAUGGAAGUGGACCCUAAUGGAGCUUACAUCUCACACGAUAUCGUGCACAGCAGUAGGAAGAAGAGAUCUACACGGAGUUCAAAGGCUUCUUCCCUGCAUUACAGAAUUUCAGCAUUUGGACAGGAACUACACUUGGAGCUGCAGCCGUCCUCUCUGCUGUCUGGAGAAUUUGCUGUACAAGUUCUGGGUAAAGAUGGAUACCUAACAGAUGUGGAACACAGUGUAGAACCAUGUUUCUAUCAGGGAUUUAUCAGGGAUUAUGAGAACUCCUCCGUGGCCAUUUCUACAUGUGUGGGCAUGUCAGGUUUCUUAAGGACGCUUACAAGUGAAUAUUUCAUAUCACCAUUGCCUGAGCACCUUGCAGAAAAGCACAAUGUCACGGCUCCAGAUGGGCAUCACCCUCAUGUAUUAUAUAAGCGGUCAGCAGAGAGCAUAGUGACUCUGGACAAGAGAACCUCUCAUCAGAGCUCUAUCCACCAGACACCUCAAGGUUCACAAAAGCAGCAUUUCUGUGGAAGACACAGGAAAAAUUCAUCUGUUUAUACUUUAAAAGGUUCCCAUGUAAGACCAGAUGAAUAUUCUCAUCCACCAAGGUCAAAACGUUCUGCUGCAAAAUUCCAGCAGUCCAACAGUUUGGUUGUUGAGACCCUUGUGGUGGCUGAUAAGAAAAUGGUGGAAAAACAUGGCAAAGAAAGUCUCACCACGUACAUACUCACUGUGAUGAACAUGGUUUCCACUCUUUUUAAGGAUGGAACAAUUGGAAGUGAUAUAAACAUCGUUGUUGUGAGUCUUUUGCUUUUGGAAGAUGAACCAUCUGGGCUUAAGAUCACUCAUCAUGCUGAUCAAUCCUUGAAUAAUUUCUGUCAGUGGCAGUCAACCCAUGUGGGUAAGAAUGGAAAAAGACACGAUCAUGCCAUCCUGCUAACAGGACUGGACAUUUGCUCAUGGAAAAAUGAGCCUUGUGACACCUUAGGUUUUGCACCAAUAAAUGGCAUGUGUAGCAAACACCGCAGUUGCACCAUAAAUGAAGACACCGGUCUUGGUUUGGCUUUUACUAUCGCCCAUGAAUCAGGUCACAACUUUGGAAUGGUCCAUGACGGAGAAGGGAAUCCUUGCAGGAAGACUGAAGGGAACAUCAUGUCUCCCACCUUAACUGGAAACAAUGGGGUGUUUUCCUGGUCAGCCUGUAGCAGACAAUAUCUGAAAGAAUUUCUCAGCACAGCUCAAUCCUCCUGUCUCAUUGAUGAGCCAAAACAAUUAGGACACUUUCAAUAUCCCGAGAAGCUGCCUGGACAGACCUAUGAUGCUGACACUCAGUGUAAAUGGCAGUUUGGACCAAAGGCAAAGCAGUGCAGCUUCGUGAAGGACAUUUGCAAAUCUCUCUGGUGUCAAAAAUCCGGCCACAGAUGUGAGACGAAAUUCAUGCCGGCAGCAGAGGGCACUGUCUGUGGCCUGAAUUUGUGGUGUCGAAGAGGGCAGUGUGUCAGAUUUGGAGACCUUGGACCGAGAUCAGUCAAUGGAGGGUGGUCUGAUUGGACGGACUGGUCGGAAUGCUCAAGAACCUGUGGUGGUGGAGUGAUGUAUCAAGAACGGUUCUGCAACAACCCAGUACCUCAGUACGGAGGGAAGUAUUGCCAGGGCUCCAGCCGUAUUUACCAGAUUUGCAAUGCCCAGACAUGUCCUUCCAACACUCCGGACUUCCGUGCCCAGCAGUGCGCAGAGUACAACAGCAAACCAUUCAGAGGAUGGUAUUACAAGUGGAAACCCUACACUAAAGUGGAAGAGGAGAAUAUCUGCAAGUUAUACUGUACGGCGGAGGAUUUUGAUUUUUUCUUUGCACUGUCUAACAAAGUAAAGGAUGGAACACCGUGCUCUGCUAGUGGAUACAAUGUGUGCAUCGAUGGCAGCUGUGAGCUCGUAGGCUGCGAUUAUGUUCUUGGAUCAAAAGCAGCUCUGGAUGCCUGCGGGGUUUGUAAAGGUGAUAAUUCAACAUGCAAGUUUUACCGUGGACGUUAUCUGAGCCAUCACAAAACCAACGAUUACUACACGGUGGUGACCAUACCGGCAGGAGCCAGAAGUAUCUAUUUUCAGGAGAUUGAAGUCUCAACCAGCUACCUUGCUGUGAGGAACCUAAACAAGAAGUAUUAUUUAACUGGAGACUGGACCAUCGACUGGCCUGGGAAGUUCUCGUUUGCUGGAACUGUUUUCAACUAUCAAAGACCUUUUCAGCAGACGGAGAGCCUUUAUGCAGCCGGACCGACAAAUGAAACACUGGUUUUGGAAAUCCUUUAUCAAGGAAAGAAUGGAGGAUUUACAUGGGAGUAUACGUUACCAUAUUCUGUAAAUGAAGACAACUCUAUGAGGAAGGCAAGCUAUUCCUGGGUUCCGGUCUAUACAGAUUGCUCUGUCACUUGUGGGGGUGGUUACAUGGCUGUGAAGUUUGUAUGCUUUCAAGACCUUCAGAUUCAAGUGAACUCCAGCUUGUGUAGUCCUUUGAACAGGCCUUUCCCUGAGCAAAAAACAUGCAAUUCCCAACCUUGUCCAGCCUACUGGAUAACCAGUGAGUGGAGUGCGUGCAGUGCAUCUUGUGGUGGAGGUGAACAGACUCGGUCAGUGCUGUGUGUACAGAAGACAACAAAAGGCGAAGAACUGAUGGGGCAUUCUUACUGUCCAGUAAGCACUCCCAUUCAAGUCGAGAAGUGUCACAUCCAGGACUGUCCAGCAGAAUGGAGUACAGGGCCCUGGUCUCAGUGCUCCCGAUCGUGUGGUAAGGGAAUUAGGAAACGAGAGGUUUAUUGCAGAAGUGUCAACUCGGAGAAGUAUAAAAUCCUUCCAGCAGACCUGUGUCCAGUCAGCUCCAAGCCAGAGUCCACUGAGAGUUGCAUGCUCACCCGCUGCCAGAAAAAUGACAAACUGCAAUGGGUGAUAUCUGCAUGGACUGAGUGUUCAACAACCUGCGGGCCCGGAGUCAGGAAACGAGAACUGAAGUGUGGCGAGAAGGACAUUCACGGCAAGAUUGUGACUGUUCCACAAAGAAGGUGUCGAAGUGUCCAAAAAGUCAGCGUACCUCUGGAACAACCUUGCAAUAACAAGCCAUGCCCUGUACAACCACCAUACACUGUUUAUUAUGGGUGGCAUGCAUCUCAAUGGCAACCGUGUACUGUGACUUGUGGUGGAGGAGUUCAAAUCAGAAGUGUCCAGUGUUUCCAUCAAGGAAGACCUGCUGUAGGUUGUUCACCUAAUCAGAAGCCACCCUCUUCCCAAGCCUGCAACAUGCACUUCUGCCCUUCUACAGGAGUUCAAGAAGAUCCAUCUUGUGUGGAUUAUUUCAGCUGGUGUUCCCUUGUGCCCCAGCAUGGAGUCUGCAACCACAAAUUCUAUGGGAAGCAGUGCUGUAAGUCUUGCACCAGGAAGAAGCACUACAGUGAUAUUGGCUGA